AUAUAAUUAGGGCGACGAAUAAGGAUUUUUAGAAUGACGAAUAGCAAUUCCCAUGGUAGUACUACUAGUUUUGAACUUGAAGAUCCCCCGGUUCGAAUCCUUUAAAUAGUAUCUAAACCAUAAUAAGUAAAAAUCUAUAUCACUCUUGUAAAACAAAUGUUAGCUUUGUUGUACAAUUUGGGUGGUUUUUUUUUUUUAAACACUCACCUUACUAUACAUGAUACCCACCACGUGUUUGACGAAAUACAACAGUGAAGUGCACUAUUCAAUAGCUAGGCUUUUUUGUGCAAAUACUUCGCAUAAGACAGUGCCUUUAGAACCAUUAACUAUCCAAGUUGAGGAUGUGCAUUUCACUCUCACAAUGAACAGAUGCCCGGUGUUGUUUGAUCUUCUGUUAUCCAUAUUUGGUUCACAUAGUCUUUCCAUUGGCUCAGUAGGUAACAAGAAAAUAUGGCAUAUAGCUGUUUACUGGUUCCCAUCCCCUCGGUAUAGAAGCCUGCAGGUUGGCUAAUCGGCUCCCAGUGUAGGAAUUUCGGGUCCAACCAAGAUGCUAUCCACCAACCUUAAUCAAUAACGCCAAUUAACAUGCAUAGAGAAUGUAGCUUAUAUCUCUAAAAAGAAACCCAACUUUGUGAAUGUGCAUAUAGGUUCAAUUCAGCGUUCAUUCUGAUAUACAGCAGGAAAUUAAAGUUAAGUUAGCAAUCAAAUGGGUUCAAAGGGUUCGUUCGAGAAUGCGUGGGCUGAUCAAUGGGACAGGAAUCAGGAGAACCACGGAGACGGCGCCGGCGGGAAAGGAAAGUACUCGAAGAAAAUGAAGGGCGGGCUUAACAAAACAAAAGAGGUCGCCACAGCCGGGAUGAAGAAAGUGAAAGCGGGCGCCUCUAUUGGGAUGCUGUGGAUCAAGGUCAAGUACCAAAAGACCACCAAGAAAGCUUCUCCUUAAUUUUCUUCACUCCCUGUAUGUGCGUGCCUGAGAAAAUUCUUUACAUUUGUUGAUUGCAUUUUGGUACUGCUUUGUAACUAGGAGCUAUCUUUUUGUUGUUGUUCAUCACAUGGUUUUCUCAGUCUCAUUCUUGAAAUGGAAUUUCAGUGCUUUUUUUUGUGAUAUGGUAUGGUGAUUUCAAUAUAAUAUAAUUUAGCUCUUACAGGAAUAGUAAAAAUUCGAUUUGGCGCAAAUAGUGAUAAUUGAUGGAAGGGCCAACAAUUGUCGUCUCGCCUGCAAAGAUAGGAAGCUGAAGAAAAGGCUUCAAAAAUGGCGGAUGUGGUGGGUGGGUGACUUUCCACUUUCCACACACCAUUAUUAUCUCUUCCUGCUCUUUUAUCAGCCACAUGCUCUCACUACAAAUCAAAAGAUAAAAGCUUUGACCAAUUCCCCUGCAGUUAAGUUACUGAACCCUUUUCCCCCAUUUGGGCAAUUUGGUUUGUCUCUGUUCGGAAAGUACAGAGCCGAUCGUUCCAUUGACAUCCUCGUCGUUGACACAUUUCUAGUUUUUGGGUUAGUUUUCUUGACGACGAUGUUCAGUUCUUAAAGGGGAAUUUGCCAAAUUCCUUUUGCCACAAAUUAGAAGAUGGAUCCGAAUCCGGCGACCAGCGUACCGGAGGUGAUACUGAGCUCCAGCGGCCGGAGGAUGCCGUUGCUCGGAAUGGGUACGGCGACUUCUCCUCUGGUCGGGUCCGGCGCCACCAAGUCCGCCGUCGUCCAAGCCAUCGAGUUGGGUUACCGCCAUUUCGACACAGCUACUCUGUACCAGACGGAGGAGUCUCUCGGGGAAGCCAUCGCCGAAGCUCUGUCUCGUGGGUUAAUCGAAUCCCGCGACGAGCUCUUCGUUACAUCCAAGCUUUGGUGCAGCGACGCCCAUCCCGAUCUCGUUCUUCCCGCCCUCCAAAAAAGCCUCCACCAUCUUCAACUGGAGUAUCUGGAUCUGUAUCUGAUUCACUGGCCGGUGAGCUCGCGCCCGGGAACGUACGAGUUCCCAAUCAUGAAAGAAGAUUUCAUGGCGAUGGAUUACGCGGGUGUGUGGGGUGCAAUGGAGGAGUGUCAAAAGAUGGGGCUGACCAAGAACAUUGGAGUCAGCAAUUUCACCUGUAAAAAGCUCACGGAUCUGCUUGCCCUUGCCAACAUUCCACCUGCUGUGAAUCAAGUAGAGAUAAACCCACUAUGGCAACAGAAGAAGCUGAGGGAUUUCUGCAAGUCGAAUGGGAUCAUCCUGAGCGCGUAUGCUCCAUUGGGAGCCAAAGGAACCGUUUGGGGAAGCAACAGGGUCCUCGAAAAUGAAGUCCUUGGAGAAAUUGCUCGUGCCAAAGGGAAAACUGUUGCUCAGGUUUGCUUGAGAUGGGCAUACGAGCAGGAGGUUUGCGUUGUGGUGAAGAGCUUCAACCAGGAGAGGAUGAAGGAGAAUCUCGACAUCUUCAGUUGGGCGUUUACUGAAGAAGAGAAUAAGAAGCUGAGUGAGAUCCCCCAAAGCAGAGGAUGCCAGGGACAGGAUUACAUCUCAGACCAAGGCCCUUUCAAGACUAUUGAGGAGCUUUGGGAUGGAGAAAUCUGAAUCUGGAGUUGAAUUAGUAGUAACAUUAUAUAUGUAAUGUAGCCUUUUGAUGUACUUCCAGCCAUGGUCCAGACAUAUUCCCAAGAUGCACUGUUAUUAAAUCUAGCACGCACAUCUGGAUGCAGGGGAAGCAGAGCAAUUUGUGGAUUGGAAUUAUCCUUUAAGGAUAACGCCCACCAUUCAUCCCAAGGAAUGACUACUAUUACCUUCUUCGCCCUGAGAAUCAAGAUCAAAUAUGACAUGAGCAAACAACAGCCAUAGACAGGUAGUUCUACAACACAAUCUUGUCGCAAAUCAUAACCCUUGAGUCAUGGGGUUUCAAAUAAACAUGCCCUGAUUUGCCAACUCAUAGAUUGCCUUGCUCGUCAUUCAGACCUUCAGGCAAACUGCCGUGUGACCAACAAAUGCACCAGCUACCCAUUUCUCUAAUGUCUCGAACCCACCCCACCAACCACGAAUCUUAGAAACAGUAAGAAAGUCACCAGAGUGAACCUCGGCAGGGUUGAUAGUGGCUUGCCAUGGUUGAGGCCGCUUCUCGAACUUGGCACCCAUAUGGUUCUGAGGUUCUCUAGAAAUGCUAAAUUAGAACUCUGACCCCAAGUCGUGUUCGAGAACAACAGCAAAACAUAUACUAAAGAAAGCAAGGUCCCCAUCAUUCCUACAAACAUUAGAAACAACACCGAUACCCCCAUGUUGCUUCACCUGCAAACAAUUCCAACACUAACAUCACCACCAAGCAGUUCUAUUCAUAACAGUGACGCAAACAAAUAUAAACUGUACAAGAAAGUCAUACAUAUUCCACCUCCCAUGAAUCAAACUACAACGCAUGAUCGCUGGCAGAAAAGUAGUAGUCCCAUGUAACCCUAUAUGGUGUAGCAACUCUUUUUAUUCUUCGCCGGGAAGAGGAAAUUUUUGAGUUUCUCCAAGAAAGGAUAGUUGGACAGAUGAGUGUCUGAAGGAAAAGAAAGACAAUAGAGACGACUUCUUCCGCUCUGGUCCGUGUCGUGCGAGAAUUUUUGCAUAAUCAUCAUUUGUCACUUCUUGACAAGGUUGUCAACCGAUUAGUCCCUUGGCCUCGUCCUGCAGCAAGUGGAUUGAGGAUUGAGGAUUAAUGAUCUAAUCGUUUUAGCUUAAUUUUUUAAUUUGGAUAUAUGAAAAAGUCGAUUAUAUUGUCCACAUUCAUAAAUUAUUUCAAAUCUCAUCCAAAAUUUAAGUAAUACUCAUCUAACAUACGAGUAUUAACACAUAACAAUACACCAAAAUAACAUGUCGUACUUGGAUCCAACAUAUAGUGAAAAUUCACACAUUUAUAUAACAUCAAUAUUCAAAUGUUCAACAUAGAAUUCCAAAAAUUUGGUUAGGCGAAAAAGAAAUCCGAAAAAUAGACGCAUUUAGCAACCAAAGAAAAAAACAACACAAUUUGACCUCCAACCACAUACUUAUCUGUCAACCCGGUGGGUGUUUGCGACCCGUUUUUCUCACUAGGUCUGGGUCUGGGUCAAAGUGGCUCAACCGGUGGGUUGACAAUAUUGCUUCUUCAUUUGAACUCGCAAUUCAAAUUUUUAGUGCAAAAAACUUUGAUUAAUUAUGUUGUUCAAAAUAGUAUCAACUUUAAUAUAUUUUAAAAAAAUUU